GCUUUUCUCUGCCCGCCCCACGAGGGGUCUGGAGGUGAAGAGGCUGGUGGGAAGGCGGAACAAGUUGCGCUGCCGUGGCCGAGAAGCCGCGAAGGAGCCGAGCAGAGCCUGCCUUCUUUCCUUCUCUCCCCGCUUCCCUCCCCCCUCCCUCGGGCUUUGCCGGGGUUCUAGGGACUUUCCAGCCCUCUUACCUUGCCCGCCCAGUUUCCGCCUGCGCUUCUGUUGGCGGCGGCAGCAGAGGGAGUGAUUGGUUUUUCUUUCUUUUUUUCUUCUUUAAGUUCCUCCGUCUCGUCUGUUUGUUCCGCAGGGCCGGAUUGCCAGUUCCGUAAUUAUAAGGUGGAUCCUUCAUGGAUGGCGAAGGCUACCCCGCGUGCUUAGAUGGGAUAGACUAUGACGAUUUUCAGUUUGGUGCUCAUUUGAUGGAGCAGAAAGAGCUGCUUAUGGAGACAGUUGAAGGCCCAUUUCUCACUAUAAUUGAACAACCAAAACAGCGAGGUUUCCGGUUCCGUUAUGGCUGUGAAGGGCCCUCACAUGGUGGGCUGCCUGGAGCAUCUAGUGAGAAGGGGCACAAGACUUAUCCCACUGUCAAGAUCUCUAAUUACAUUGGACUGGCUAGGAUAGAGGUGGACUUGGUGACUCACACUGAUCCUCCACAAGUCCAUGCGCACAGUCUUGUGGGAAAGCAGUGUAAUGAAGCUGGCAACUGCAUUGUGAUGGUGGGCCCAAAGGAUAUGACUGCACAAUUUAAUAACCUAGGUGUGCUCCAUGUGACUAAGAAAAACAUGCUAGAGGUAAUCAAGGACAAACUGCAGAAGCAGAAGAUGAGAAACAGAGUGCAGCCUCUAACAGCAGAAUCUGAACAAGAGUUGAUUGAACAAGAGGCAAAAGAGUUGAAGAAGACAAUGGAUCUCAGCAUUGUUCGUUUGCGCUUCAAUGCCUAUCUUCGCGAUAGUAGUGGAAACUUCACUUUAGCAUUAAAGCCAGUUAUUUCUGACCCCAUUCAUGAUAGCAAGUCUCCUGGAGCUUCCAACUUAAAGAUAUCUCGGAUGGAUAAGACUGCAGGCUCAGUGCGAGGUGGAGAUGAAGUAUAUCUGCUGUGUGAUAAAGUCCAGAAAGAUGAUAUUGAGGUCCGUUUUUAUGAAGAUGAUGAGAAUGGUUGGCAGGCCUUUGGAGAUUUCUCCCCCACAGAUGUGCACAAACAGUAUGCCAUUGUCUUCCGUACUCCACCUUAUCACAAGACAAAGAUAGAUCGCCCAGUCACUGUGUUCCUUCAGUUGAAGCGGAAGCGAGGGGGUGACGUGAGUGACUCCAAGCAGUUUACAUACUACCCAGUGGUAGAAGAUAAGGAAGAAGUGGAAAGGAAGCGUAAGAAGACCUUACCUCAGUUCCCCCAGCACUUUGGUGGCGGUGCGCCUAUGGGAGGCGCUGGUGGUGGAGCUGGUGGAUUUGGUUCUGGUGGAGCUGGGAGUCCGUGGCAUUCUUCAGGAUACAGUCCAUAUAACAACAGCAUUUAUCUAUCUGGAUCCCAUCCUAUGGGCAGCUACCAAGGUGGAAGAGGUAUCCAGAUGCCCAGAACUGCUAGAUUGGAAGAUACUGAACAUCAUCCCUCAGAAGAUGGCAGUGAUUAUAUUGAACUGUUGCAGCAUGCUCAGGAAUGCAGUUCAUGGAUGCUAAUGCUAGCUCGGCGCAGUGCCCAGGCUCUUCUGGACUAUGCAGUCACUGCUGACCCACGUAUGUUGUUGGCUGUCCAAAGACACCUAGCUGCUUCUCAGGAUGAGAAUGGAGAUACGCCUUUGCACUUAGCUAUUAUUCAUGAGCAGACGGCUGUGAUUGUGCAGCUGGUCCAAGUGGCUGUAAGCAUUCCUAAUCAACAGAUCAUCAAUAUCACCAAUCACCUGCAGCAGACACCAUUACAUCUGGCUGUGAUCACCCAUCAGCCCAGGGUGGCUGGUUUCUUACUUCAGGCUGGAGCAGACCCCACUUUGCUGGAUCGCUAUGGCAACUCAGUUGUGCAUUUGGCUGUACAUUUGGAUGACGAAGAGAUGUUGAAGACUCUCCUCUGCCACUUGGGCUCCCAGACUCUCCCUCUUCUUGAGAUACCUAACUAUCUUGGCCUUUUCCCUGUGCAUCUUGCUGUGAAGUGCACAAAACCAGCCUGUCUUGAGUUGCUAGUUGAGGAAGGAGCGAAUGUGAAUGCAGCAGAACGGCAGAGUGGACGGACACCUUUACAUCUAGCUAUUGAAAUGGAUAACCUUAACAUGGCUAUAUGUUUGAUGAAGAAGCUGGGAGCUGAUGUGAAUGCUCAGACAUCUGCUGGGAAUACACCCCUUCACUUGGCAGCAGGAAUGGGUUCUCCAGUUCUUACAAAGAUGCUAAUCAGUGCAGGAGCAGAUGUUUUAUGUGAAAAUGAUGAGCCUAUCUUAGCCCCCUCAUCCCAACCAAGCAGUGAUGUUGAGCUGGAGGAUGAGGAAUGGGUCACAGAACUGGGAGAGACUUGUGAUGAACUGACUGAGCAAGGCCUGGAUUGUAUUGCUGAGUUGGAGAGUGAGCAGUCCAAUGCACGUGAAAGAAAUCAGGGCCGGGGACAUACCCCAUUUGAUUUGACUUGUAGCCAGAAGGUAAGAGAGAUACUACUACAAGCUUCAAAACAAGAUGUUAGAAGGAAGGAGGCUGCUACCUCUUCUGUGUCUAGGCAAGGCAGCAUCCUAUUUCUGAAUAAUGAUGUUCUUCAGAGUCUAGAGAAGCUCUUAAACCAGGGCUGCCAAGGGGCAAAUUGGGCAGAAUUGGCCAAGAAAUUAGGUCUCUGCAGCUUAGUGGAGACGUACAAAGACACAGUUUCCCCCAGCAGAAGACUCCUACUCAGCUAUGAGAUGGCUGGUGGCAGUCUUGAAGGUCUGUUGGAAGCACUUGGCUCUAUGGGACUGACAGAGGGCGUGAGAUUACUACAGAGACCAGAAACUUUUGACAAGCUUCAAAGUGCAGAGCUGAAGGAAGACAGUGCUUAUGGCAGUCAGUCAGUGGAAGAGGAGCCAGAAGCUCUACCUGGGAAGCUGCAAUCUGCCCCAUUUCUGGAACCACCUUCUUCCUUGCCUCACAACCAGCAGGAGCAAGUGCACUGACACUAGAUGAGCAUCAGGAGAAAAUGACUAUUGGUUGCUUACAGCAUGUGCCUCUCAGGGUCCAGGAUACUAUCAUCAGUAGAGAAUUACUGUACAGUCUGGGUCACCCCCAUUUUCAUGGCCAGUUUGCUGCCUAUAUCAGCCAGGGCCCCAUAAAUAUGGGGAAAUGUGAUUGCUCUUAUUCUAAUACCUUUUAUCAAGCUCUGGCCCAGGCCUGCUCACAUUCUAGAAUUUUUUAACUGCAGGUCCCUUCAUUUUAUGGUGAGGACUCACUUGAUAGUGGAAGCUGCCUGGUGAAAAAAUUGGAUUUCAAUAAUGAAUGCAGACUGGGAUAUUGCAAAUUACUUUGACCAUUCUCUUGAAUACAGCUUUAAUAACUAUCAGCACAAACAUUACUGAUAAAAGCAUUCUCAUGAACAGUAAUCAGCUUCCACAAACCACCCACACCCUGCCCAACAUUUUGGUCCCAGGUAACUGUUUCCUUUUACAUUCCUCUCUUCAAAGAAGUCUUCUAUUGCAAAGUGCAUUUGAUGAGGGGAUUUUCAACUCAACUUAUUCAAUAAUGAUGUAGGCUGCCCUGAGUUGUAUGCCAAGCAGGGUGGCUAUAUGAAUUGAUUACAUAAAAUAAAACUCUGUGUGUAGCAUUCUGAUGAUGCUAAUUCCCCCAAUAAGAAAGAAAGGUAACAAUCUUUGCUAAUAGUAGCUCAGAGUUUGAAAUAGUUAUUUUCAAUUUUAAAUCUCUUCUGGCAUAUGAAUCGCCUUUGUUCAGAAAUCUAUAAAUUUCAUGACUAGGAAAAUGCAAAAUUGCAUAGUAUCUUAUUUUGUUGUUCAAGGUGGUUCUGUUUAGCAGUUUUGAUUUGGGAAAUGAAAAGAUACAGAUUGAGCAAGAUGUUGCAGCAAAAACAAAGUUCUGCCAGAAUGAACUGUUUAACAUUUAAAAAGUUUCCCUAGUUAGAAGUAGAUUGUGUGUUGGCUUAAUAAUGUAGGGCUGGCAAAAAUUCCUCAUGUUCGAGUGCCUUUAAAAUUUGACUGAAAUGAACAUAAGAUUGUAGGAUAGGGAAGGUAAUUGCCAGUUUCUUGUAUUAACAGCAUUCUGUGUGACUAAAACUAAUUAACAUGUAAAGCCAGAUUACUUUUGUAAGGUGUACGGAAAUAAUAAUUGUAUGUUAUUUUGCAUGCAGAAUCAGAAAUGUCCUGCGCUGAAUAAAAAUUUUCUACCUCUCUU